CCCGCACCUUCCCGGCCUGUGUCCCUGUCUCCACCUCAGACUUCGGCGUCGCGUUCUAGAACGGCGGGCGCGUAAGGAGCAGCGUGGGGCGGGUUUGGAGGCUGGACUGACGCUCGGGGUUGGAGCCGAGGGCUGGGCGAACCCGCGGGUCCCACGGCCCUGUGGGAACGACGAGGGGUGGGAAAGCCGCCGUCUGGGCGGGCGGGGAAGGGCCCUCCUGCCGCCGUGGCUUCGGCGGAGGCCAGGCGUGAGAGCUGUUGCCGCCUCACGGGCCGCGCUGAAGCGGAUGGAGGCCCCUCCUCUCCCCGCCUGAGCUCAGGAAGGACAAGCGCAGAGCAGCGGGCCCGCCUCCUGCCGCAGCAGUGGCCGCGCCCGCCACAGGAGGAGGAGCAGUGGGCGCCGGGUUUCUCCCCGCGGGCGCCCCCAGCAUGGUUGACUAUAUUGUGGAGUAUGACUAUGAUGCUAUACAUGAUGAUGAAUUAACCAUUCGAGUUGGGGAAAUCAUCAGGAAUGUGAAAAAACUACAGGAGGAAGGAUGGCUAGAAGGAGAACUAAAUGGGAGAAGAGGAAUGUUUCCUGAUAAUUUUGUUAAGGAAAUUAAAAGAGAGACAGAAUCCAAGGAUGACAAUUUGCCCAUGAAACGUGAAAGGCAUGGGAAUGUAGCAAGUCUUGUACAACGAAUAAGCACCUAUGGGCUUCCAGCUGGAGGAAUUCAGCCACAUCCACAAACCAAAAACAUCAAGAAGAAGACCAAGAAGCGCCAGUGUAAAGUUCUUUUUGAGUACACUCCACAAAAUGAGGAUGAACUGGAGCUGAAAGUGGGAGAUAUUAUUGAUAUUAAUGAAGAGGUAGAAGAAGGUUGGUGGAGUGGAACCCUGAGCAACAAGUUAGGGCUGUUUCCCUCAAAUUUUGUGAAAGAAUUAGAGGUAACAGAUGAUGGUGAAGCUCAUGAAGUUCAGGAGGAUUCAGAAUCUGUUUUGACUGGGCCUACCUCACCUUUACCUUCUCCGGGGAAUGGAAGUGAAACUACAUCUGGAUUGAUAACACAGUCAAAGAAAAUUCGAGGAAUUGGAUUUGGAGAUAUUUUUAAAGAAGGCUCUGUGAAACUUAGGACAAGAACAUCCAGUAGUGAAACAGAAGAGAAAAAAACAGAAAAGCCCUUAAUUGUACAGUCACUUGGAACCAAAACUCAGAGUGCAGAGAUAACAAAAACAGACAUUGAAGGUAAAAUUAAAGCUAAGGAAUACUGUAGAACAUUAUUUGCCUAUGAUGGUACUAAUGAAGAUGAACUUACUUUUAAAGAGGGGGAGAUAAUCCAUUUGAUAAGUAAGGAGACUGGAGAACCUGGCUGGUGGAAAGGUGAACUUAAUGGUAAAGAAGGAGUAUUUCCAGACAAUUUUGCUGUUCAGAUAAAUGAACUGGAUAAAGACUUUCCAAAACCAAAGAAACCACCACCUCCUGCUAAGGGUCCAGCUCCGAAGCCUGAGCUGAUAGCAGCAGAAAAGAAGUAUUUUCCUUUAAAGCCUGAAGAAAAAGAUGAAAAAUCAGCACUAGACCAGAAACCUUUUAAACCAGCUGCUCCACAAGUCCCACCCAAGAAGCCUACUCCACCCACCAAAGCCAAUAAUUUAUUGAGAUCUCCUGGAACGGUGUACCCAAAGCGACCUGAAAAACCAGUUCCUCCACCACCUCCUAUAGCCAAGAUUAAUGGGGAAGUUUCUACCAUUUCAUCAAAAUUUGAAACUGAGCCAGUAUCAAAACCAAAGCUAGAUUCUGAACAGUUGCCCCUUAGACCAAAAUCAGUAGACCUUGAUUCAUUUACUGUCAGGAGCUCUAAAGAAACAGAUGUUAUAAAUUUUGAUGACAUAGCUUCCUCAGAAAACUUAUUACAUCUAACUGCAAAUAGACCGAAGAUGCCUGGAAGAAGGCUGCCUGGCCGCUUCAAUGGUGGACAUUCUCCAACUCAAAGUCCAGAAAAAGUUUUGAAAUUACCAAAAGAAGAAGAUAGUGCCAACUUAAAGCCACCUGAAUUUAAAAAGGAUACAUCCUCCUCUCUGAAGCCAUCUGUGUACCUUUCAACACCUUUGAGUGCUUCUAAAGCAAAUACGGCUGCUUCUCUAACUCCAUUAGAAAUGAAAGCUAAGGUAGAAACAGAUGAUGGGGAAAAAAAUUCCCUGGAUGAACUUAGAGCCCAGGUUAUUGAAUUGGUGUACAUUGUAGAAGCACUGAAAAAGGACCAUGGGAAAGAACUGAAAAAACUACGAAAAGAUUUGGAAGAAGAGAAGGCAAUGAGAAGUAAUCUAGAGGUGGAAAUAGAGAAGCUGAAAAAAGCUGUCUGGUCUUCUUGAGGUGCUGUGGACCCAGUGUUCUUAAUGUUCCAGGGAUUCAGAAGCAACACUAUGAACUCCAAAUGACUUGUUACUUAAAAAUAACCAGUGCUGGUGUUGUGAUAAAGAAAUAUGAGUAUAUGAACUAUAUAAUAUCUAUAAAAAAGUAGGGGGAGGGUAAAACUUUUUCUAUAUAUUUUGUUUUGCCAAUAUGAAAAAAAGAGGCCUUAUUUUUUACUGUGCUGGGAUUGCAAACACUUUUUUUUAAAUUUGUUUGCUUGAAAAUACUACUGAAUCUGUAU